AAUGGAUAUAGAAAAAGCGCACAAACACACACUACACACACCAGAAUUCCGAAUCCUCCAAAUCCGUCUGCAAAAUCCACACACAAGAAUCAUCAUUUGUGUAUUGGAACCAAUCUGAAUUCAUCGGAUUUAUAUACAUAUAUUAAUAUAUAUACCUAGAUUCAUCGUCUCAGUAUGCCCACAGUCUCUCUGAUUGGCUCAAUUAUUCAACGUGCCCUAGAUCCACACACACAAUAAUUUAUACACGUACAUACAGAUCUUCCCGCUCUACUCCUCCGAUCUCCUUUCUCCGACCUCCUAGCUGCUUCUUUCAAUCAGCUGCAAAUGAUUUGUUACUAUGUCUUCUCUGCAGCUUCAGUUUGAUAGCAGAUCCAUUGCCCUGCGAUCUGCUUUAGGCGGAUAGGACAAGGUUACUCCUGUUCGUUUUGCACUUUGAGGAGAGAGGUGAAAGAAUACACAAAAAUAUCUGUGGGAGUGGACCCGUGAUGCAUAAUUUCUAGAUGAAGUCGUCUCCGGCAUGGCGGAUAGGCAUUAAAGACACGCAAAUAAUGCCAGGGUCUCGCCAGCGUGGUCCAUUGAGAAAGCCGACAUGGAUUAUUGUAUUGGUGUCAUUAGUUAGUUUGUUCCUGGUUUUUGCCUAUGUUUAUCCACCUCAAAAUUCAGCAGCGUGCUAUGUUUUCUCAUCUCGUGGUUGUAAGGGAAUGCCUAGUUGGCUUCCACCUUCGCCUGUUAGAGAACUUACCGAUGAGGAAAUAGCUGCCCGUGUCGUAAUUAGAGAUAUUUUGGACAUGCCUCCUGCUAUACAAACAACUCCAAAAAUUGCUUUCCUAUUUCUCACACCAGGUGCGUUGCCAUUUGAGAAGCUGUGGGAUAAAUUCUUCCAGGGUCAUGAAGGUAGAUUCUCUGUCUAUGUACAUGCAUCCAAGGAUAAACCUCUACAUUUUAGCCGUUACUUUAUCAACCGGGAAAUUCGUAGCAGCUCGGUAGUAUGGGGGAAAAUAUCAAUGGUUGAUGCAGAAAGGAGGCUUUUAGGACAUGCGCUGAAAGAUCCUGGGAACCAACAUUUUGUACUGCUUUCUGACAGCUGCAUACCACUCCGUGAUUUUGAUUUUGUGUACAACUAUCUCAUGUACACAAAUGUGAGCUUUGUAGAUUGCUUCGAGGAUCCUGGUCCACAUGGAAGCGGUAGAUACAGUGAAAAUAUGCUACCUGAAGUUGAGAAGCAAGACUUCCGUAAGGGUGCUCAGUGGUUCACAAUGAAGCGGCAACAUGCUGUUAUAGUUAUGGCUGAUAAUCUAUACUAUUCCAAGUUCAGGGACUAUUGCCGGCCAGGCAUGGAAAAGGGACGCAACUGCUACUCUGAUGAGCACUAUUUGCCCACUUUUUUCUAUAUGCUUGAUCCUGUCGGAAUAGCCAACUGGUCAGUAACACAUGUUGACUGGUCUGAAGGAAAGUGGCAUCCGAAGUCGUACAGGGCACUGGAUGUGACAUAUGACCUGAUGAGAAAUAUCACAUCCAUUUCAGACAGCGUGCACGUUACAAGUGAAGAAAAGAAGCAAGUCCAGAUCACACCAUGCCUGUGGAACGGGAAUCCGCGUCCAUGCUAUUUGUUUGCAAGGAAAUUUUUGCCCGAAACCCUUGACAACUUGAUCCAACUCUUCCCCAAUUAUACGUCUAUAUGAAAGAGAGAUGACUUGAGUACCGAUUCUUUGUGGAUUCAAGCGCAUCACACCCUUCGUCCCCAUUUCAGUUUUAACUUUCUGCUCUGGUAAAAGCACUGGCUUCUUUCGGAUUGCAAGCGCGGGUAAGGUGGCAGAAAGUGAUGGGAAGUCGUUGAAAAGAAACUGAAGACGAAGACAAAGCCGGUGUUGCCUCCUUGGGGACAACCAUUUGUUGUUUAAUUUUUCCCUCCAUUUGGGCUAUUUUUAUGUUAUACGUUGUAAAACUCUGGGGAUUUAGGGCACUAUCCUUCCAGCUGACCUUUUGUAUAAGUUGGAUAUCAAGUUGCAAAUAUAGCCUUGUCAGAUUCUCUCUCUCUCAUAGAUUGUUUUGUUAAAAUUUUGUCAGGUUUUCUAUAUAGAAUGAAGAGAUUUUAAUUAUUAAUAUUGUUGAUUUAA